AUGCCUAUUCAUAUUAUUCCACAUCCACAACCUGACAGAAUUUUUGCGGAAAUAACAGAUAGCAGUUUCAAAUUUAAUUCACUUAAUCCUCCAACUUUCAAUGUAUAUUGCAAUCCUUCAGUUCCUCAUUUUAAAGUAUAUUAUAAGGUGGGUUCAUAUUCAUCAAAUUUACAACAUUAUACAUACAUCAAUGAAUACGAUGGUCCACUUAGAAAUUUUAUUUAUUUUCCAACAGGUCGAUUAAAUAUAUCAAGAUAUUUAACAAAAAUUCAAGAUAAAGUAACUUUUAUUAUGACAGAUGCUACAACAUCAGAGAUUUUAAAUUACACAGAAUUUACAAAUGUUAGAAUAGUACCAGAUCUCAGAAGCGAAAGUGUUAUAUUAACAAACAAAGAAAAGGUGUAUAUGAGAUACUUUUUCCAAAACCAAGAAGUUAUUACAGGUAGAGUUACAUUUGAAAAUGAAGUUGAUGCAGAUGAACUGAAAUUUUCUUACAAUGGAGCUAUUCAAGCUUUUAAACCAUAUGGAAAUUCAAAAAAAAUUAUCGAAUUUAGUAUUCAAUUAACAGUUGAUGGAUCAACAAAUUAUAUUGAACUUAUUUUCCGUCAAUGUGGUGAAUUUUCCAGAGAGGAAAUUCAAUAUAUAUACGUUGAUAUUAAUUAUAACAAAAAAUACUUACCAUUAUCAUCAACAGGUGGAAUUAAAGGAACAUUACAGAUAACACACAAUGCUAUAUAUGGUUAUGAUUUCAAAACUGUUGCAAAAUUGGGUGGCAGUUCUAUGUUCGCAGAGGACUAUAACGUUGAAUUAAUUGCUGAUACUCCCCAUAGCUAUUCCGUUCAAUUGAAUAAUCAAAUUAAAUAUGUCUCAGAAAACUAUAAAGACAUAUCGCAAGUUACUUUUGCAGCAAUUAUGCAAAAUAAAAUUGUUGUCUCAAAAACUUUUGAUAUUACUAUUGUUGCAGCAGGACUGUUUAUCAAUUCAAUUUCUGACAUUAGUAGUACACAUACUUACAAAGCUGGUUCAAGAAUGUUACUGAAAAUUGAAAGUAUUGAACCAAAAUGCAUGCAAGAUACUUAUUUUAAAUAUAAAUUUGAGGACGAUGUAACCAAAGAAACUCCUUUGGAUAUAAAUAAUUCACCAAUACUUAAAAUCGAGAGACUUACACAAGAUGCAGAAAACGAAAAUGAAUUUAUUCUUUCAUUUAUAAUUCCAAGUACAGUAACUGUUGGCCAAAAGAAAUUAUUGUUACAGGCAACUAAUCCAAUUGAAAGCACUUCAGCUGUAAUUCCUAUUGAUCUAACAAUUGAAGAAGGAUCGGAAAUAACACAAAGCUCAAUUGAUUGUAGAGCUACAGAAGAUUCAUAUGGAUCAGGACAUAAUCUAUUGUUCAAAUGUAACAUUAAUAAUAUUGAAAGUUCCGAAGUUACAUAUAAAGCAAAAUUAGGAAAUCAUGAUUCAGCAGCUGGUUCUUCACAAUACGACCUUAAUGUGAGAAUGGAAGCAGUUGGUACCACAAAUGAAUUUAAUGUUUAUGUAUAUAUUUCCACCCAAACUGUAGAGCAAACAACAAUUUCAUUUGCAAUGAUUAAAACUGAUUCGUCUGCAUCGAUAAUAAAUUAUUGCGAAAUAUCAAACCUCAAAAUAUGCGCAGUUCCUGAUAUUGAGUUAGAUUAUCCACGUUAUUUUUCAGAAACAGGUUCAAUAGCACCUUUUGAUUUCAAACUCAAAUAUAUUGGUGAUUUUAAUACAAUGAAAGUCCAAUUUAAGAAUGAAGGUGAUGAGGCUUUCGAAGAUGCAUUCUCAGUUUCUAGUUUAGAUGAGAACAACUUUUUCUCUGUAAAAGUUAGGGUACCAAGAACAAGAAUUUAUUUCAAAUUUAUUGAUAAGUUUAAUAAUUCCGUAGGAGUACAAUGUUUCAUUGAUACAAAUAGAUUUUCAGAUGCAUCUGAUGAGCUCACUAUUCAAGACUUAAAAGAUGAAUAUCAUGAAGGUGAUGAAGUUACAAUCAAAUGGUCCCCAUCUAUAAGUAGAUUAGCUUAUAGAGCACGUGAUUUCUAUUUUGUAGACUAUACUGGCAAUAGUCAAAACAAUAUAUUAUUGGCAUCAACUACUGGAGAAACUGUUGAAUUCAAUCUAACUCUUCCUAAUCCAAAAUCAUCUUACCCUUGCACACAAAUCACAAUUUUUAUCUCAAGUAAAGCCGAUCCUAUUCGUUCAUAUGUAACUUACUUAGGCAUUAAAAUUAUUCCAACUUUCAAGUUCGAUUUCGAAAUUGUUGAACUGGAUCUCACAACUAUAGAUCCAAGGUGA